CUGAUUCCUCUCCACAACCCCAUACCCACUCCAAUACCAACUUAUCAUUAACCGCCCCGACCUCCCUAAACCCAACCCUCACCGUCGAACCCAAAAACCCAACGCUUCACCCGAACCAACCCAACCCGACUCUCUCCAAAGCUGGGCCGAUGAUAAACUACUAACAACCGAACCCGGUUCAUCUGAACUUGUAAAGCCAAGAGGAAAUACUAUAACAAAAGGAGGAAGAGAAUGUAUGGUUCUGAUUCUGAUUCCGAUGAUCAUCGGAGAAAUGAAGAACAAUUUGUUGAACUGAAACCUGAAGUUGUUGAAUUGAGAACUUUGCAUACAAGAGAAGAAGAAUUGUAUUUUUAUGAUGCUUUUAGUUAUCCUUGGGAGAAAGAUAAACAUUAUAAAAUGGUUUAUCAAUUGGAGAAAAAGUAUUUCCCUCAUCAGUGUUUGGAUAAAUCUUUUCUUAAACCAGGUCAAUCUAAUCCAGUUUCCAAUUUUUUAAAUUCCAAAAAUUCCAAUGCAAAUGUUAGGAACAAAAAAGUUGGUGUUUUUGGUGGUGUUGGUGGUGUUGUGGAGGAUAAAGAUGAGGUUGGUGAUAACAAGUUGGUGUUUUUUGAGGAGAAUGUGAAAGGGGAAGAUGAUAGAGAAAAAGAAAAGGGUAAGAAGGGUGAGAAGAAGGUUGAAGAGUUUUUUAAGGGUUUGAAGAAAGAUGUUGAAAUUGUAGAGCCAGUUUUUUCUUCAAGGAGGACUGGUCUUCCUCCUGUUUGGGAUAGUCAACAUGGGACAGUGCUUUUGAUUAACAAACCUAAAGGUUGGACUUCAUUCACAGUUUGUGGAAAGCUUCGCCGCCUUGUCAAAGUGAAAAAGGUAGGUCAUGCCGGAACUCUUGACCCAAUGGCUACUGGUUUAUUGAUUGUUUGUGUUGGCAAAUCAACAAAACUGGUGGAUAGGUAA